CAACAACAACAACAACAGCAACAUGGUAACUUGCCACCCAUGUCGAUGCGAUACAAAGAAGAUAUGGCGCGUUCACCCAAUUUACCUCACACCUCGCGUCCAUCCUCACGCAGCUCACAUCCAGUGACACCACAACAGGCUCAAUCUUAUGACCAUCGACUUUCACCACGCAUUGAAAACUACCGCUACGAACAACAACCAUCGCGUUCACCUGCUCAAAGACCGAUGGAAGCAGCCGAUACACAUGAAAAGAGUCAUGAAGAAGAUGAAAAGAGGAAGCGAGCGCCAUUUAGACAAUCAAAUGUAGAUGAAGAUUACGAUGAGAGUGCAGCUGAUGCACUCUUGAGUAUGGGCAACCCUCAGCUUGGACAAAAACGAAGCUUACAGCAUGAACACGAAGAUAAUAAAAAGCCUAGGUCAAUGCCUGAAACCAGUCAUUCACCAAAGGAAGAGAAAAAGGAAGAACUUGUCCCUGUAGGCCCAGAGGAAAAGAAGGAAGAAAAGAAGGAGGAAGAAGAACCUGAGGAAGGUGAAGUGGAUGAAAAGGAAGAAGGCGAAGUGAAAAAGGAAGAUGAAUUAGAAAAAGAAAAGGAAACCCCUGCUGAAGCAUCUGCUAAUGUAUCAACACAGAAUAAUAAUAAUAAGGAAGAAGGAUUAGCUAAUGAAACUGCAGGAUCAGCAUAAAGUUUUAUAUUUUUUUGGCAGCU